CUUUCACCGACGGACGCCAGACCGCCAAUCGUACUUCCUCAUAGCCUCCGAGAUGAAACUUGUUUUCGGAGAAAAAAACUUCGAACGAACGAAGAGGUAGCACGUACCGUACAAUUUUACGAAGGAAAGGGGAAGUUGUACGGAAUUAUGAUUUUUUUCACCGGAAGAUCAAUUCAACCCUUAGCUGAUGAUAGAAAAAACAAGGCGCGGGCGUACAACYGCAGGAACAACAGCAUCAAUACGAAUGGUGAACGUCGAAGAGAAGAAAAUAGACGAGAGUAGCACGCCAACUGCUCCACUUCCGGUGGAUCGGGAAUGGAUUUCCAAGCUACUGAAGCGGUAUCCCAACCCAAACUCGCGGCGCCAAGACAAGGCCCUCGUGGUCGCUCCGAUGGUUGAUGCCUCGGACCUCCCCUUUCGGUUGCUCUGUCGGAGGUAUGGUGCCAAUUUAUGCUAUACACCCAUGAUCCAUUCCCGCCUUGUUGUGGAUUCCAAGACCUACCGGGAAAAGUUCACUGGCACGUGGCUCGAAACCGCCGACCGACCGCUCAUUGCCCAGAUCUGUGGGAGCGAUCCCGACGAUUUCCUGAAGGCUGCACGGUUGGUCGAGCCGUACGUCGACGGAAUCGACAUCAAUUGUGGGUGUCCCCAGGGGAUAGCCCGACGUGGGGAUUACGGCGCUUUUUUGUUGGAACAAGAAGACAAGCUGUUGAAGCUGGUAAAGCACCUUGUGGCCAACCUGACAGUGCCGCUUUCAGUCAAGGUACGGUUACUGCCCGAUCCCGAAACCAACCCCCAUAAACUAAACGACCCGUCUUAUAAGGGUUUUGACACGCCUGCUGCCUCGCUUGCGCUSUACGGAAAGCUUGUGGACGCGGGGGUACACCUCCUGACCAUACAUGGCAGGACUCGAAAACAAAAACAGGAUAUGACGGGUGUUGCCGAUUGGGAGACCAUACGCAAGGCGGUGGAACUCUACGGGGACCGAAUCCCUAUUUUUGCCAACGGAAGCAUUGAGCACUAUUCGGACGUCGAAGAAUGUCUCCGAACGACCAAUUGCGACGGCGUUAUGUCGAGCGAGUCGCUCCUCGAGUUCCCCCCUAUAUUCUACAAGACUCCCCAGUCGCCGCCGUCGCAAAGAACCAUUGGCCGCCUCCAGCUGGCGGAGGAGUAUAUGGAUCUGGCCAAAAAGUAUCCACCCAAUAAGGGGGGGCAGGGCAGCGGGCUCAAGUGCAUCCGCAUUCACGUCCAUCGCUUCCUUCACAAGGAUCUGCAGGAAGAUACGGAAUUCCGACAAAAGAUAAUUGCGGACAAGAGCCUUUCCGAUUUGGAAGAGAGCCUGGAACUCUGUAGGCAAAAGCACACCAGGGAAAACCAUUCGGUCGGAGACGAAGCGCUUUCGUGGUACCGGCGGCACCGAGACGCAAAGGUCCAGCGCGACAUCCAAUCUGAGCGCAACGAUGCCGAAGACAUUGACGAAUGCGGAGACUGCUAUACGGGAGGGAAUAUGUUUGGCGUUGCAGAUGGUGAAGAAGAUGGAGAUUACUAAUCCAUAAACGGCGACAAUACAAUGAGUUCGUUCUG